AUGUUAAAUGCUGAUCCUGAAUCAAUUGCUACCGCAAUUCCUCAGAAAAAUGCUACAGAGAGGUCUAUGAGCAAGACCCUCCACCAUUUUCUCAACGCUUUCAAAAGCAGCAACAAGAUGAGGAGGCUUGGAGAAUUUGAAAUGGUGGCUUUGACUGAAGGUUGUAGUGCUAUAUUAAAGAAUAAAAUUCCUCCUAAAUUAAAAGAUCCGGAUAGCUUCACAAUUCCUUGCUCUAUUGGUGGUAGAGAUGCUGGUAGGGCACUUUGUGACUUGGGGGCUAGUAUCAAUUUGAUGCCCAUGUCGAUUUUCAAGAAGUUGGGGAUUGGAGAAGCAAGACCAACCACAGUCACUUUGCAAUUAGCAGAUCGUUCUAUGGCACACCCAGAAGGAAAAGUUGAAGAUGUACUUGUGCAAGUUGAUAAAUUCAUUUUUCUGGCUGAUUUCAUCAUUCUUGAUUAUGAAGCAGAUAGAGAUGUUCCUAUUAUCUUGGGUAGGCCAUUUCUAGCUACCGAGAGGACCUUGAUUGAUGUACAAAAAUGGGAGCUUACUAUGAGGGUGAAUGACCAACAAGUGACUUUCAAUGUGUUCAACGCUAUGAAGUUUCUGGAUGAGAUUGAGGAAUGCUCUAGGCUGAGUGUAAUUGAGUAA